AUGGCUAUGACUAUGGAAAAGACCACUUCUAUCACCGUUAAUGAAGACAAUAAUCUUCUUGACAAACCAACAGAUUCACUGCCUUCAAGGAGCGAAACACCUGCCUCAAAUAUAGCUCCUCCCGUCUCUCCCGCCUCUCCUACGAUUUCAAUCGUCUCUGCCCCUUCCCCAUUUGCAACUACUUCUCCGCCAACAAAGAACAUGCCUGCCCCACAGCCUCUAAUCACAAACCCUGCAAAAGCGGCGUCGUCUGCUCAAACGUCUCCCAUUCAAUCGUCUCCCGUUCAAACGUCUCCUACAACUCCCACCGCCUCGACAGCAGCUCCUACAGGAAACACUGUCAACUCUAUUUCAACGCAAGGAACAACACAUAAAACUCAAGCAGCAUUUGUAAAUAAACUGUACACAAUGGUUGAAGAUAUAUCAAUACAACAUUUGAUUGCAUGGGCACCUUCCGGUGAUGUGUUCAGUGUCUCCAAUCCAACCGAAUUCUCAAAAACUGUCCUUCCACAGUAUUUCAAACACAAUAAUUGGCAGAGCUUUGUCAGACAACUAAACAUGUACGGAUUCCAUAAAGGUGUGUACGAUCUUUCAGAAACUUCGAUGCACAUAUUGUUGGCUUGCAUGACUGUAGUUACAUUUGAUAAACUUAAUGAUAUGUUUCAUGCGAAUCCAUCGAGCGAGUCUCAAGCAUGGGAAUUUAAACAUCCCGAAUUUCGUAGAGGGCAUAUGGAAGCUCUACAGCACAUUAAACGAAAAAGUUCUAAACCACAUCCUAAUGCCAAUACAAUGAUGAAGGGAGGCAUGGGAGGUACUGGAGCUAAUCUCGGUUCGGCAGGCGAAACAGAUGCUAUGAGAGAUAAUAAAAUAGAUCAACUAUCGAAGGAAGUGGCCGAAAUAACGGAUCGGAUAAGGCGAAUGAAUGAAAACUAUAGCAUGCUUUAUGCCGAGACCGUCUCUUGUCGGAUGCUCCAAGCGAAACUUACGCUGGUGAUCACAAAUAUUUCAAAAAUACUUACAUCCAUGUGUCAUGAAGAGGAAGGAGAUACCCACAACAUAUCUCGGAAGCGAAAAUUCGACGUGGAUUUACUUCAGGCAGAAGUAGCUAAACUUGGGCAGAACGACGCAUCUACACCGCUUCCCUCGUCAAUUCCUCAUUACAGAGAUGGCUUACAUCCGAGCCAGAGACAACCUUCAACACCAAACUCGGCAGUAGGCGCUGACAACACUGGCUCUCCUCAUGGAACAGUACCGAUAUCGGAUAUUGACUAUCCUCGCUCCGGAUAUUCUGCAUCGCGUAGUCCUCCAUCUCAGCACCGCACCGUUAAAAUACAGCCAGCGAGUCCACUUGCAGUGCUUCCGGAUUUCAGCUUCCCUCCCCAGCAUUAUCAGCAAAGCCAAUAUAGUAUUCGGCACAGGUCUCCCGAGCCCGUAACACCUGUGGGUGCAGGUAACGGCUCAGGUAGCAGUAGCACUAAUAACAACGGUUCAUACAGGAGCCCACCGGUUCCUCCUCCAAAUCAAAUGCCGGCCGCUCAAACGUCUCAAUAUCGCCAGAGUCCAUCUCAACAUCAUGUUCCGUCAUUACCAUCUCCCCAUAGGCUUUCACCUCAAUCAUCUCCAUCGUUAAGCUUUGGAUCUGAUAGCAAUUUAUUGAACCCAAGUGAUAGGCACAUGGACACUCACUCACCCGUAUCCCAAAUGCCUCCACCUCAGCCGUCUUCACAGCGUUCUCCAACAGGACCAUCCUCACCUUCCCCGUCAUCGUAUCCAAAGGAUAAUGUACCUCCAGCAACAUCUCGACAAUCGUCGUUAUCGGAUCCAUCAGAUGGAGUAUCCGUAGAUCGAGUGAUGGAUUACAAAAGACGAAAACGUAGCUAA